AUGGCGGCGGCGCCGAACACAGUCAUUCCGCUGGCGGCGGAGUCUUCCCCUCAGGAAACUACCGUCCCUGCCGCCUCCUCCUCCUCCACCGCCUGCGCGGGGGCGGCGGCGGCGGCGGCGGCAGCAAUGACUGUGCCUAUCUCCUCCGCCACCUCCACCCUUGCCUGCCCGCCUGCCGGUGGCUGUGGCGACGGCGGCGGCGGCUUUGGCGGCUCCACUAUGGCGGCGGCGGGGAGGGGGGGCAGUAGUUUUAAAGUAGGCACUCGCCCUUGCCUCAGAGAAGAUGCCCCUUGGAAUGAACAGAAAAAGGUUGAAUUUUUUACCGAUAACUUUUGUCAAAUAUGUGGAGUGGUGCUACAGUUUGAAUCACAAAGGGUUUCACAUUAUAAGAGUGAAAAACAUGCUCAAAAUGUUAGUUUUUAUUUUCGAAUGCAUGGGGAACAAAAUGAAGUGCCUGGUAAAAUAAUGAAGAUGCAUGUUGGGAAUUUUCAGGUGCAUAGAAGUGGAGUAGUGGACAGGAACAAAUUUUGUGAUCUCUGCAACAUGGUUUUUAGCUCCCCGGUUGUUGCCGAGUCUCACUAUGUGGGGAAGGGCCGUGCUAAAAACCUGAAGCAGUUAGUGGAGGAACAUGAUCAGGUAUCUCCAUCAGGAUUUCAGCCAGAGAUGGCACUUAGUACAAGAACCUAUGUUUGCCGUGUUUGUGGUAUCACCUUUACAUCUUUAGAUAUGUUCCGGUCUCACACGCGAGGAAGUGAACAUCAUAUUAAGGAAUCUUUUGUUAUUAAUCCAGUGAAGAAGUCAAAGACACAAAACUCUUAUCGAGAUGAAUGUGCAGACUAUGUCAAAGUGCAGAAAUCCAGAGAAUUAAAGCCCAAGACAUGUUUCAGAAAGAUGGAAGAGAGUUCUUUGGAUACCCGUGGGUAUAGAGAAGUGGUCAGUUCCAGGCCCAGACGUAGAAUGUUUGAUCAAAGAUGCCCAUUUGAGACUUUCCAGACAUACACAGGGCCAUACAAUAUUUCACAAGCAGUGGAAAACCAGUUACCUCACUAUUUACCAGCUUAUUCAAAGAAGACAUAUGACUCCUUCCAAGAUGAACUUGAAGAUUACAUUAAAGCUCAGAAAGCCAGAGGACUAGAUCCAAAGACUUGUUUUAGAAAGAUGAGAGAAAGUUCUAUGGAAACCCAUGGGUAUAGAGAAAUGGUCGAUUCUCAACCCAGAAAAAGAAUAUAUGAGCAAAGAUUUUCAUUUGAGACUUCCCAGGCCUACCAACAGCCAUACUACGCUUCACCAGUAGAAGGCCAGUUACCUCAUUGCUUGCCAGCUUAUUCAAAAAAGAAGUAUAACUCUUUUCAAGAUGAACUUGAACAUUACAUCAAAGUGCAGAAAGCCAGAGGACUAGAGCCAAAGACUUGUUUCAGACAGAUAGACGAUAGCUCUGUGGAAACCCAUAGGUACAGAGAAAUGGUUGAUAUUAGAUCCAGACAUAGAAUGUUGGAACAAAGACUCCCAUCCGAGACUUGCCAGACCUACCCAGGACCAUACAAUAUUUCACAAGCAGUGGAAAACCAUUUACCUCAUUGCUUACCAGCUCAUGAUAGCUACUGUCAACUCACCAGAGACUAUUUCCCAGAAAAACCAGUACCCCUGAGCCUUAAUCAGCAAGAAAACAACUCUGGCCCAUACAGUGUAGAAUCCGAAGUUUACAAGCACCUGUCCUCAGAAAACAGUAUCAGUGACCAUCAAGCAAGUCAUAAACGGAGACAUCAAAAGAGAAGACGACACCUGGAAGAAGGUGAAGAAAGACCAGAGAAGCAGCAGUCCAAGCAUAAAAGGAAAAGGAGUUAUGAGGAUAUGGAUUUAGACAAAGACAAGAGCAUCAGACAAAGAAAAAGAGAGAGAGAUAAAGUUAGGGUCAGUUCAGGAAAGCUUAAGCAUCGAAAAAAGAGAAAAAGCCAUGAUAUACCCUCUGAGAAAGAAGAACGUAAGCACAAGAAAGAGAAAAAGAAAUCUGUUGAAGAAAGGACAGAAGAAGAAAUGCUUUGGGAUGAGUCUAUUCUUGGAUUUUGA